AUCUGUGUAUGUUCUGAUUCUUCUCUCUCACGCUACUCGAUUGAUUGAAUUUAGGGUUUGAUUGUGCCGCGUCGCUGAUUUGUGCGUUCAAAGCUCUGAUGAUAUUCCUCCAAUUUGGCGUUGUAAUUCCGAUUCCGCGGUGGUAUUGAAAAGCGAUGAGGACGUCGCUGAAGAAAUUGCAGAAACUGACGACGGCGACCAAGCAGGAUAGGAGAUCGAGGAGGCAGCAGCACCAAACGCUGGCCGAAGAUGAGCUGGCUCGAGCAACGCAGGACAUGAACGAUAUGAAAGACUGCUAUGAUAGGUUACUUUCUGCAGCAGCUGCAACCACAAACAGUGUAUACGAAUUGUCAGAAUCAUUAAGGGAAAUGGGUGAUUGUCUCCUAGAAAAAACAGCCUUGAAUGAUGACGAAGAAAGUGGUAAAGUGUUAUUAAUGCUGGGAAAAGUUCAGUUUGCACUCCAAAAACUUGUUGAUGGCUAUCGCGCACAUAUAUUCCAAACAAUUACAGUACCAUCAGAGUCUCUUCUAAAUGAACUUUACAUAGUAGAGGAGAUGAAGAAUCGAUGUGAUGAAAAGAGAGCAACAUAUGAAGAACUAAUGAAGAAACAAAAAGAUAAAGGGAGGUUGAGAAACAAUAAAGGCGAAUGUUUCAAUUCACCUCAGUUGCAAGAAGCUCGUGAGGAAUUUGAUGAUGAGGCAAAUAUCUUUGUUUUUCGUAUAAAAUCUCUAAAACAAGGACAGUCUCGUAGUUUUCUUACGCAAGCAUCCCGGCAUCAUGCUGCACAGUUGUAUUUCUUCAAGAAGGCAGUUGGAUCAUUAGAAGCAAUUGAACCACAUGUCAAAUCACUUGCAGAACAACUACAUAUUGAUUAUCAGUUUAGUGAUCUCAAACAUGAUGAUAACGAUGAUGGAAGUAGUGAUGAUGACACAGAAGAUUGUUCUGAAACACACGAUGAUCAUGAACUGAGUUUUGACUAUCGAGAAAAUAGUCCAACGCAAGUAGUUCAACCGCCAAAGAAAACUAAGGAGCUUAGUUUUCGUCGAAAUUCUUUUUCAUUCCAAAAUGGGAACAGAGGACUCAGUAAAUCAGCACCUCUCUUCCCAGAAAAGAAACCCGAAUCAGCCGACCGGAUGGCACAGCUUCAGCCUUUGCCCUCCCGCAGGUUUACUUCUUACGCACUCCCAACACCAGAUGAGACAACAAAUCCAGGUUCUAGGAAAUCAGUGAAUGAAACCCCUCAAACCAGACAAACCUCCCCAAACCUCUGGCAUUCGUCUCCUUUAAACCAAAACCAGUAUGAGAAACUUAGAGUAAAUGAGAAGUUAUCAGGACCCCUCAUUUUAGAUGCUCAAUCAGUACUCAAAGAGAGUAACACCCCAAAACCCAGUCCCUUGCCUCCCCCGUCAACGGAAGGGCAUCCCUUUGAGCCACCUGAUCCAAAUUUUGCAUCCUAUGCAAAGAAACCAAAGAGGCAAGCUUUCUCUGGUCCAUUGACAGGAAAGCAAUGGCCGAAUAAACCAAGGUUCUCUGCCAGUGGUCCCAUUGUCUCAUCAGCUAUCCCUCCUUUUUCCGGCUCUUUAUUGCGUACACCAUUACCCCCCCAACCGUCAUCGACUCCCAACUGGUCUUCUCCUACUUCCCAUACAGCGACAUCGGCUCCUAAAAUUAGUGAACUUCAUGAACUUCCUCGCCCCCCUCAUUUACCUGCUAGGAAACCCCACCUUAAUACUCAGUCCGGCCCCUUAAUACCUAGACAUCGAGAUCCAUCUAUUGCAGCUUCUACUCUCCCAACACCACCCCAGACAUUACCUCGUAGCUUCUCUAUUCCUGCCGGAGGUCCAUCUGAAGUUUCGUUUCGAGGUUCUUCAGAAGGUUCUCAAAAAUCGGAGAUGGUGGAAGAUAUUAUGUCUCCUCCCUUAACGCCAAUUAUGUUACCUACUAUCCCGCCUGCAUCCCCUGCUACAUAGACGAUUAAUCAGGCCGUCAUAUGAAAGGUCUCACUAUGAGCUCGCAAGCGAGGCCGUGUCAGAUGUUCUCCUCGACGAAUUUGUGUAUAGAAAGUUAACCUGUAGUUGAAAUUUAUUUACUUGACAUAUGAUACAUGUUUAAACUAAACUACUAGUACUACUACUGCUACAUACCUUAAUAUGGCUUGUGGAAAUGAUAAAGAGGAUGAAAUUUGUACUGUUACUGUUAGUGGCUGGCUAACUCUACAAUAAUUUUCUCCAUAAUUGUUUCGAGCAGCCAAAUUUUGUAUCCAACAAUGUUAUGAUACUUGUGGUCACAUUGACAGCAGAUAAAGGAAUUAUUAUUAUUAUUA